UUAGGAAAUGUUUCAUUACUCUGCUCUGAAGUGGAGGAGGACGUGCCCAGAAAGAUCUGGAGUGGGAUUGUUUCUCUGGUCACGGUCAGUCCUGGCCAUCUGCUAAGGAGAGAUAGAGGCAACUAUGGCUCAAGCAAAAAUACAAGCUAAAUCCACAGAGGCACAGAAUGGGGGCAAGUUUUGCAGAUCUAUGUCUAUGGCUGUUAGGUCCAGUCACCUGCUGGAGAUUAUGGAUGAGCUAGAAAUCAGAGUUCAAGCCUUGCGUGAUGCAGCAUCUGCUUUGGAAAUAGAGAAAGACACACUCAUAGAAUCUAUCCACAGUGUUCAGAAUAGCCAAGACAUGAGGAGCAUCAGCGAUGGGGAGAGAGAAGAAUUGAGUCUUACAGCAGAGCGCUUGAUGGGUCGCACUCUUACUGUAGAGGUCAGUGUAGAUACCAUUAGAAAUCCCCAACAAGAGGCUUCCCUACAGAAAGCGAACAUGAUCAUUAAUGAGAUUGUGAAGAAAGUCACAGACAACCUGGAAGAUGGCAAGACACAGCUGAUAUCACUGUACGGUGCAUGCACGUCGGAUGUUCCACCUGGACCAAUAGACCAGAAGUUUCAGUCCAUCAUUAUUGGAUGUGCUAUAGAGGAUCAAAAGAAAAUAAAAAGGAGGCUGGAGACUCUCAUCAGAAACGUAGAUAGUUCUGAGAAGUCAAUCAAACUGCUAGAUCAUCAGAGCCAUAAAUCCUCAGCCAAUCAGCUUUGUGAUAAAAUGUAAAUAUGGUAUUUUCAUCACAGGCUGAACAUCUUUUUGUGCACUAAUGCAUAAUAUGUUGGAUAAGAAGAUACAUGUGUUCUGUGAACAGGUUGAUGACUUUAAUAAUGUAUUUUAAUUGAACAUUAAAAGUAAUAACAUUGAUAAAAAUGUAUAUCAUCAACUUCAACAACAAAAUAUUGCUUACAUUUUCUUUAAUCAAAUAUGGUUGAUUGAUAAUGCUUUAAAAGAAAUACACUGAGAGAUUUGUAUUUAUCAUCUUAUAGCGAUAUCACUUAAUAACAUGUUUAUAGGAAACAGUAAAAUCAUCUGUUUAAUAAAUUAAAUAAUGUGUA